UUAUGUAAAUUUCGUUUUUGUAGUGAAAAACAUUCACACAAUAAUCGUGUAAAACACUAUCUAAAAAGUAGAAAAAUCCACCAAAAAUGGCAUUUCGCUACGUCCGAUUUGCCUCGUCGUUUACUCGGAACAAUAUGGAAGCAUUCAAACGAAAACAAACCGCUUUGCAAAGUCGACUCGAUGCGGUCCAGUUUCCAGAAAAAUACAAAGGAACCAUCCUGGAGAAAUGGGCCCUGUACUGGAAGAACCUGGUACGUGACUACAAGGAUAUGAUCAUCGACACCGGUAAGACAAUGCGGGACCGGCCGGUCCGGAGUGGAAUCUACCUGACACUCCUCGGUUCGACCUACUACUGCUGUGUCAACAAUCCGGAUGAGGCCGAUUUCAUGAAUCGUUUCCGCCAGUACAGUAAUGAACUGCAACUGGUGCAUCCGAGCUGCCAAAAUCCGGAAGCUUCCAGGCACAUUCAGUUUCUGCAGCGGUGCUACAAUGAAGGUAUUGUUCGGCGGAUAUCGCUCGGAGUUGUGUCCUUUAUUUGGUUGAAUAAUUUUGACCGAGGAGUGGCCAUUUACCAGGCUAUCUGUCCGUACUUACAACCACGCUAUAUGACCUUCCACGAGCGGAUCGUCGACGUUGGCUUCAACAACGAGUGGUGGAAUUUGAAGAAGAAGAUGGUAGAUUACGAUAUUAACGAAGAAAGCUUUCAGGAAUAAACUGUAGUGUUAUCAAAAA